CUUCCGCCUGCCCUCUCACCCGAGGCCGCCUUGGCGCGAGACAUUGGCGAGCAGAGUGUCUCCAAGAUGGCCGCUUGGGGAAGGAGGCGUCUUGGCCCGGGCAGCAGCGGCGGCAGCGCCCGAGAGAGGGUGAGUGUGUCAGCCACAGACUGCUACAUCGUGCACGAGAUCUACAAUGGGGAGAGCGCCCAGGACCAGUUUGAGUACGAGCUGGAGCAGGCCCUGGAGGCGCAGUACAAGUACAUCGUCAUCGAGCCCACCCGCAUUGGCGACGAGACCGCCCGCUGGAUCACCGUGGGCAACUGCCUGCACAAGACCACCGUGCUGGCGGGCACUGCCUGCCUCUUCACGCCAUUGGCCCUGCCCCUGGAUUACUCCCACUACAUCUCCCUGCCUGCCGGCGUGCUGAGCCUGGCCUGCUGCACCCUCUACGGGAUCUCCUGGCAGUUCGAUCCCUGUUGCAAGUACCAAGUGGAGUACGACGCCUACAAACUGUCCCGCCUGCCCCUGCACACACUCACCUCCUCCACCCCGGUGGUGCUGGUCCGGAAGGACGACUUGCACAGAAAGAGACUGCACAACACGAUAGCCCUCGCUGCCCUGGUGUACUGUGUAAAGAAGAUUUACGAGCUCUACGCCGUAUGACUGCCGCCAGCGGGGAGCCGCAGACCAGCCACGAGAGACCGGAGGGCUCCGACGCCGCGGCCCCAGCCUUGCUCGGAGGCAGCAGACCUGGGAAGGUGUUUGGUUUCAUAUUUGUUAUUUUAAAUACUACCACAGAUCAGUGUACCGAGGGUUUCAGCUCAUGACACUAGGACGCGGGUGUCUGUCACCCCCGGGGCCUGAGGCUGUGGGAGUCUGCCUGGGCGGCGGGGUGUUGAUGGGAGCCACGCAGAGGGGUGUGAACGCGCUCGGGCGUUAAGUGUAUUGUUUAACUGUACCAUUCAGAGCCAAGCAGAAGCUGUCGACUAUUAAAAUGACGAGAAUUUCA